CUAGUGGGAGGGAGAAAAGUAUAUACUAUAACAAUAUAAUUAACCCUGUGAAGGCUGGUGCCUUCUGUCUACAUUUAUUUGGAUAACUUGGCGGCCUUUUUAGAGCUACCACUUUAAUAGUCAGUCCCUGCAGGGGUUUCAUAUGGGCCGAAAGCGUCUGGAAAUUAUGUUUGCCUAAUCAUGUGUCACAAUUUUAUACUCAUUCUUGUCUCCUUUUAGGUCCUUAAAGUCUUGGAUACCUCAUUUAGUGGCAAAUUUAGACUUAAGUAAGGAAAUAAGAGAAUUCUGUUGUAGUGAAUUGACAGAGGCUUUCGGUUAUGGAGCAUUUCUCUCAUGUGCUACUCAGUUUCUUUGCAUAUUAUGGUUAGUGAGCUUAGUGUGAUCUGGUUUAGAGCUUUUGAGAGACAAUAGAGUGAUCUGGUACUUUUGGACUUGGAUUUUCAAGUUACUUUAAAAACAUCUCUGUCAGCCCUCAGUUUUAUUUUUUGUAGAAAUUAAUUUCAGGGGGCUGGAGAGAUGGCUUAGCGGUUAAGAGCGCCCGACCGCUCUUCCAGAGGUCAUGAGUUCAAUUCCCAGCAACCACAUGGUGGCUCACAACCAUCUGUAAAGAGAUCUGAUGCCCUCUUCUGGUGUAUCUGAAGACAGCUACAGUGUACUUAUAUAUAAUAAAUAAAUAAAUCUUUAAAAAAAAAUGUAAUUUCAGAGAAAUAGAGAAAAAUUAAAGUUCUUGUGUUCGUAUUUUUGUUUAUUGCAAAAUCUUUAGUGCUAGCCAACUUUAUUUAAAGUAAAGGUGAUUAAUAAAAUUGAAUCAUUUAUUAAAUAUUUGGUCUUCAAAAAGAUAGAGGAACAAUAUAGUCCAAAGCCAGUAUACGGACUGUUGAUGGCUUCUGGGGUAAAGGUACUAGCCACUAAGACUCCCUGAAAUCCACAUGAUGGAGCAGGAGAGCCAACUCUACAAGGAGUCCUCUGCCCCAGACACCUGCCACAUUCCUAUACACACAAUAAACAAACAAAUGCAAAGAAUAAAGUAUAGUUUAAAACUACUCUGUGUUACAACUUUGUGCAAUGCUUACUCUUUAGAUCUACUUACAACUGUUUGAUUUUUUUUUUUCUUUUUUCUUUUUUUUUCCGGAGCUGGGGACCGAACCCAGGGCCUUGCGCUCGCUAGGCAAGCGUUCUACCGCUGAGCUAAAUCCCCAACCCCACAACCGUUUGAUUUUUGAGACAAUAUCUUGCUGUAUUUAAAUCUCAAGCUGGACUUGAACUGUGACAUCCUUUUGGUUUACUCUUUUAAGUGCUACCUUACUUGUUUCUGGCUAAAGUUUUGUAUUUUUAAUAUUUUGAUGUCUGAGCUUUAAGUACCUUUAGAAGAAAAUUUGUGUAAAAAGUCACAGGUUAAAAAUGUAAUAGAAAUUGUAAAGUCAUUUUUAUAAAGUUUCACUAUUUAGUAUAAUUAGUUUAUAAAGAGCUACCUUGAUAAAUGAUAAUUCCUAAGUAAUUUAUGUAAGGUUUUUAGAAAUAUAUUAUUGUUGUUGUUUUUGUUGUUUUUGUUGUUGUUGUUGUUGUUAUUCUAGAGAGUCUAUAUAGCCCUGGCUGGCCUGGAUUUUGCUGUGUGAACCAGGCUACAGAGAUCUACUUGUCUCUGCUUUCUGAGUGCUGGAAGAAUGGUAUGCACCACCAUCCCUGGCUUCUAUUUUUGUUAUUUUUAUUUUUUAGGUUAAUAUACAAAGUAGUAGAUUUCAUUAGGGAUUUUUAUUUAGUUUUUUUUAAAUGGGGCUUCAUGUAGCCCAUACUGACUUUAAACUUGCUGUUUUCUAUAGCUCUUCGAGUGCUGAGAUUAUAGUGUGAACCACAUCUAAUUCAUACAGUGCUGAGCAUCAAACCCAGGCCUCAUGUAUGCUGGGCAAACGUUCUACUAACUGAACUACCUUCCUCAUUAGAACAUUUUCAUGCAUGUAUUUCAUUAUCUUUUGUUCUAAUUGUUGGGAGUUAGCAUAUUUUUGUAGUUAAUAUUUCAUUGGAAAUCUGCUAUAAGCAUUAUCACAGUUAAAAAAAAUGAGGUAUUUAUUCUUUUAAAAAGCCCACCUAGUCUUUCUAGAUUAUAGAAAGCAGUGCUUAAUAGGUUGGGUGGCCAUUAUUUGCCUGCAGUCAGUCUGCUUGUGCCAGAAGAAUGAUCAGUGUCUUCAACAUUCAGUUGAAUAUGGUAUGUGAGUAGGUGCACAUGCAAUAAGUUUAUAUGAGUAAUAUUUAGUUCUAGAGCUGGUUUUAGUUUUUUUUUUUUUUUUUUUUUUCUUUUUUUCGGAGCUGGGGACCGAACCCAGGGCCUUGUGCAAGCGCUCUACCACUGAGCUAAAUCCCCAACCCCUGGUUUUAGUUUUUAACUCUUUAUUUUCAGCCUCUGAGUGGUUGUGGAUACACAGAGUCAAUGUCUGAUUGCUGUCUGAUACCUUCAUAGUGUUCUCACUGCAUUUAACCAUACACUUUGAAGUUGUGAGUGAGUAUUCACAAUGCUCCAAUUAAAACAUCCACACAGUGCCGCUUGUGCAUUUGGUAUGAGGAUAGCACUGAGCUAGAGCAUAGGGAUGAGUAGAGUAUGCAUGUACUAAAAAUAAUGCUUACCCCAGAUUUUCUGUUUUUGUCUCUGUGUCUGGUAGUGUAUAAAAGUUCUUGUAUUUCCACAUUUCUACUGAUAUUUAGAUAUUUUAACAUUGUUUCUUUACUACUGUCUUUGAGCAACUCAUUAUAUUCAUGCUAAUUUUAUUUUGAUUUUGUUUAUAAAAUGCCAGUUAAGGUCUUUCCCCAAAACUCCUUUAUUUUUUUGUUGUUGAAGUCACUGUUUUUUUCUUGUUUUACAAAGUAUUCCAGACCACUGAUUUUUGUGUGUGCACACACAAAAAGGUGUCUAUGCCCAUAAGUACACAUGAGUAGGUCAGAAGAGGACACUGUGUGUCCCUCUGUCCCUCUCCACCUUUUUUCCUUGAGAUAGUCUCUCUCACUGAACCUGCUCUCUGGUUUUUAGGUUAGACUGGUGGUAGUCAAGCUAUAGCACUUCUCCUGUGUCUGCCCCUCCACUCCACCACUGUGCUGGGAUCACAGGUUCAUAUGGUUAUGCCCCGCUCUCUUUCUUUUUGAUGUGAAUGCUAGGACAUUUAAAUUCAGGCGAUCAUGCUUUUGCAGAAAGCAGUCUUAUCCACUGAACUAUUUGUCCAGCCCAACUUUAAAGUUUUCAUUCCACGAUGGGGGGGCUACUAUUUAUUUUUGACCUUGCAUAUAUGAUUUAACUUCUGUAUUUCCCCCACCCUUACCCCCUUUCUUUUUUCUUUCUCUGACAUGGAGUCUAGAGAAUCUAGGCUGUUCUUGAAUUCCUGGGCUCAAGUGAUCUUUGCAUGAAUGUUUGCCUGCAGGGAUGUGUGUGUGCUAUUUGUGUGCUUAGUGCCUAUGAGGGCUGAGGGAGGGCGUUGAAUCCCUGGAACUGGAGUUACUUUUAGUUGUGAGCCUUUUAUGUGGUUGCUAGGAAGUGGUGCUGGGUUCUUUUAGAGAGCAACAAGUAUUGAGCCAUUUCCCUAACCCUCACCCUAACCCUCACCCUGUUUUUUUUUUUUUUUUCCCCCUCAAGACAGGGUUUCUCUGUAUAGACCAGGUUGGCCUUGAACUUACAGAGAUCUGCCUUUGAUUAAAAAUGGUGUGUCCAUUUUGAGUAGAGCUUGGGAGUUGGUUGCAGCAGGGGGCUUUGUGGCUGGGAAGAGAUUAGCUAUGAAAAUCAAAUCCCUGUUGGGCUUGGUGGGGGCAUGGCCUAGGGUACAAGAUAAUAUUGGGAAAGGUCAGUAUUCACCGAAAAUUCGUGUACCCUAGAUGACCCCACAGCCCAGUUUUGACUUAGCACAGACUGAGAUUUACCUCCUGUAGCUCUGCUUAACAGCAGUUACUGGAAAGGCUGGCUAGCACCAUCUUGACUGUCCAUGUGCACUGUGCAGGGGGAUGACUGCCAUAGAGAUCCUGGGAGCAGGAUCCUGGCCAGGGCCAGGGCUAGGACCAGCCAUUUGCUGGAGCACACAGCUUCAUCCAGCUCACAGCGACCAGGCUGUCUCAUCAGCUUCUACAUCCAAGAAGGUGCACCCCACAGCUUCAUGAGCCUAGAUGUCUGCUCUGUCUCCUGUCCUUUGCUGUGAGACAGGGUCUUGCUAGGUAGCCUUGGUUGUUCUGGAAUUUUGUGUAGAAGAGGUUGGCCUUGAACUGAAGGUGAUCCUGCUGCCUCUGCAUCCCAGUUGCUGGGAUUACUUGGAUGUGCUACAUGUCUCUCUUUUCGGGGCAGGUGAAAUCACUGGGUUAGAGUUGUUUUUAUAUUAGUUAAAGUGUGUGUGUGUGUGUGUGUGUGUACGCGCGCGCGCGUGCGCACGCGCGGGCACCACAGUGAGCAUGUGGAGGCCAAAGGACAACUUUCUACUCCAUUCUCUCCUUUUAUCUUUACUUGGGUUCUGGGGAUCAAAUUCAUGUUGCCAGGCUUUUGAAGCAAGCGGCUUUUUUUUUUUCUGCUGAGACAUCUUGCUUGAUCUGUGUUUUAACUUUUACAGAUUUUUCUACAAAGACUAAAUAAAACUAUCCUUACUCUACAGUAGUCUCAGCACUUAAGUUUUUAUAUACCUAGGUGUUAGGUUUUAACUUUCUUGAAAGGUUAGGGACUGAAACAUCACUAUUAUCUUUAGUAUAUCAAACAGGAAUAGGUAUCUAAUAUAUGGUGUGGAAUGAGUAAAUUAGUGGAGACAAGAGCUGCCGAGGUCUGCACUUAGGACCAUGUGUCCUUACGCUUUUAACAGUCUUUACAGUUUUGGAUUCAUAGUGGUAGUGCUCCAUGUGGGGCUGAGGCUAACUUCCAAGUCUGUGGUAGUUUCUCUACUCAGUCACAGCUCACAGUGUGUAGUGUCUGUUCCCACUGCCCAGUACUCUUUAAGAUCAAGCUUAGAACUUACAAUUACUAUCAUCCAGAGAAUUCUGUCUGGAAGAGGCGCGUCUAAGUUAUUGCAGACUGUUUUUGUUUCUCUGUUACUACUAGCCAUUUGUCACUUGUGUGUCUUUUUUUGCACUCGCACAUGAUUUUAUAAUGAUUGCUUAGAAACAGUGUAAGUAAGUACUGCUUUUGGGGUGUUUGAGGAACAUUCAGGGCAUUUUCUAUGCCUGUAGUUUCAGGACUUGGUAGACAAUGGCUGGCUUCAAGUAAAUAAAGAGCAGUCCCAGCUUUGUUUUCUGCAGUCAUGGUGACUGUUACUGCUGUACUUUUUUUUUUUUUUUUAACAAAUAAAAGGGGAAAAAAGGAUCAGCUGCAUUUUUGAGCUUUCUAAUGGGUCCUCGAAUAUGCUUAGUGGUCCCCUACUCCCUUAAAAGAUAGAAUAAAAGGUGGUCUUACCAAGGAAAUUGGUACCCACAGUCUAUAUGAUCUAACUGUGGGAACUUUUGUCUCUUUUAAUAAUUAUAUCUGGCUUCUGAUUUUCUGAGAAUUUUGUGUAUAUAUGUAUAUAUAUAUAUGUAUCAGUGUUGUGACUCUAUCAACCCAAUGAAUUGUAUUGGUUUCAAGUAAGUCAUUUUUACUCCUUCUCUUAAUAUCUUCUCUACAUAGUAGGUUUUCAAUAAAUGUUUGCUAAUUGAAUUUAUUUUUUUUAGUCUAAGAUUUUUUCCUACUCAUGGAUUGUAAUUACUUCAACAGAUUGCUAAAUGGUUGUGGGUAGAUUGCAUAAUCUCUCUGAAAUAUCUUUGUCAUGAAACCAGUAACACCUACCCUCAAAGGGUUAGGUUAUAAUUAGCUAGUAAAGUGCUUUGAAGAUGAAAAAGCUAAGGUUGAGCAUUAUGAUCAGCCUAUUAAAGGUAAAUUGUUAGUAUCAGGUUUGUAGAUAAAAGCUUUCCCAAACCUUGAAGAUAAUUAAGUAGUGUUAAAAUAAUUAUUUUGUACCUAUUUAGAUCUGGUUAUUUGUAUUACUUAAAUCCUUAGAUUCUUUUGUAAGGAGGAACCUUUUUAUAGUACUGUUUGUGCUGAGGUUCGGUCUUUGUUAUAUCCAUGUCGAAACCCUCUCAUGGUAAAAGAAGUGAAUGUGCAGGACUAGUGCAUCGGUUGGGAUGCUGUGCCUCAGAUGAUACUUGAAUUGUGUUAUUUACCUGAGCCCUCAAACUUGCCUACUGAGAAUCAGUUGAAGUCUUGUUAGAUCACUCCACCUCCAGAGAUUCUAGUCCAACAGGUUAUAGCCGUCUACGAUGAGUAAUAUAGGUUCUGAUGCAAGUGGUAUUUGAACAGCAGUUUGAGAGAAGCUUUUGUUUUGUUUUGUUUUGUUUUGUUUUGUUUUGUUUCUCUGUGUAGUCCAGAACUUAACCUGUAGAUCAGACUGACCUCCAGCUCAGAGAUCUGCCUGUCUCUACCUCCUGAGUGCUGGGAUUAAAGGCAUAUAUUACCAUGUCCAGCAAAACUUUUUUUUUUUUUUUGGUAAAGGAUCUUUUCUUUGUUUUCUUUUUUUCUAUUUCUUAUUUAUUUUACUGUCAUACAAUGCAUCCCUACUCUUGCCUCUCUGCUUCCAGUGUGCCCAGCCUAAAAUUUAUUAAUUGUGGAACUAGAUUGAUAUUUAGAAAAUUAUAUGGACAGAUUACUUCAAAUAAUUUACUUUUUUUGGUUAUGUUUAAUUCCUUGUACAUAGUACGUGUCUUCAGAAUUUUCUUUGGAAUACUUUAUUACUUGCAGAUAAAGAACUUGGUCAAAUAAGCUUGUGAAAUAAUGCUGUAUAUAUGUUGCAGAUAUUAGGAAGAUACAGUGAUUUAGGUUAGAGCUUUUGCAGGAAGAUUUAAUGCAAAAAAGAGUCUUAUAUGAUGAGUGAUAGGAUUUGAUUAGAAGGAAUAAUGCUGCAGGGUGUAGAUUCCCAGCACUCAGGAGACAGGCAGGCAGAUAGAGCCCUGUGAGUUUGAGGUCAGCCUGGUCUACAGAACAGGGAGAGCUAUAGCAAAGAAAAAAAACCUGUAUCAAAAAAAAAAAAAAAAAAAAAAAGAACGUUGCUAGCUUAUGCGAUCUGAAUUGGUACAGUAGCUUGUAGGUAUUAGUUUCUGUAUUACAGUAUACCUGAGCUUAGAAGAUACGGCAUUUCUCCUCAGCAAUACUUUAGAAUAGGUCCUAUAGGAUGAUCUCCUCUGUCUCACAGAGGUGGACCACUAAGCAAGCACUUGGCAAUUGUAUACAUCCCAAGUAUAUUGUGCACUUGAGUCACUAGUCUUUUUGUUAAAAUGAUUUCUGAUUCAAAAAGUCUGAGAAUGGAGCCCUCCCCAUUCUCCCCCACUUCUGAUACAAGGUCUCAUGUAGCCCUGACGUCUUGGCACUCCCUAUGUGUACUAGACUGGCCUUUAAGUUCAUAAAACAGAGCCACCUGCCUCUGCCUAUGGAGUGCUGAGAUUAAGUGUCUGCACCACCAGGCUCAGUAGUUAAUGUUUAAAAUUGUUUUUCAUUUUACAUGUAUGGGUGUUUUGCCUGCAUGUAUGUCUGCAUUACAUGAGUCCAGGUGCCUGUGGAGGCUAGAAGAUAGUGUUGGAUCUCCUGGAACUGGAGACACAGAUGGUAAUGAGUCACCAUGUAGUGUUGGGAAUUGAACCCAGAUCUGCUGGAAGGUCAUCCUGUGCUCUUUUUUUUUUUAAGUUUUUUUUAUUAGAUAUAUUACAUUUCAAAUAUUAUUCCCCUUCCUGGUUUCCUGUCCAUGGCCCCCAUUCCCUCCCCUCUCCCUCCCCCAUAAGGGUAUUCUCCCUAUACAUCCCCAUUACUGCCCCCCCCCCCAUAUUCCCCUGCACUAGGGGUCCAACCUUGGCAGGACCAAGGGCUUCCCCUUCCACUGGUGCCCCAACAAGGCUAUUCUCUGCUACAUAUGCAGUUGGAGCCCUGGGUCAGUCCAUGUAUAGUCUUUCGGUAGUGGUUUAGUCCCUGGAAGCUCUGGUUGGUUGGCAUUGUUGUUUUUGGGGUUGCAAGCUCCUUUAGCUUUUUCAAUCCUUCCUCUAAUUCCCCACAAGGGGUGCUGUUCUCAGUUCAGUGGUUUGCUGCUGGCAUUGACCUCUGUAUUGGACAUGCUCUGGAUGUGUCUCUCAGGAGAGAUCUAUAUCCGGUCCCUUUCAGCAAGCAUUUUUUAGCUUCAUCAAUCUUACCUAAUUUUAGUGGCUGUAUAUAUAUGGGCCACAUGUGGGGCAGGCUCUGAAUGGCCAUUCCUUGAGUCGCUGCUCUAAACUUUGCUUCCAUAUCCCCUCCUAUGGAUAUUUUUUCCCCUUUUAAGAAGGAGUGGGAGCAUCUGCAUUUUGGUCAUCCUUCUUCUUGAGCUUCCUGUGGUCUGUGGAUUGCAUCUUGGGUAAUUCAGGCUUUUUGGCUAAUAUCCACUUAUCAAUGAGUGCAUACCAAAUCAUCCUGUGCUCUUAACCACGGAGCCAUCUCUCUCUCCAGCCUCAGAGUCUAUGUUUUUAAUAGCUCCCACACUGAUGAUGCCUAUGCUUGUUGGUCUUCAUACUACAUUGUUAGUGAGAAUAUCUUGGAGGAAUCAUUGACAAGUGGCUUUUAUGGCUUUUCCUCUUUAGAGACCAUAAGUAUAAUAGAAUGGAUUUUCUGAGAUAGAAUAUAGGAAAUUAUUUUAAAAUAAAAAGCAAAAUUUUAGGUCUCUUCUCCUUCCCUCCUUUCCCCUUCCUUCCUUCCUUCCUUCCUUCCUGCCUUCCUUCCUUCCUUUCUUUUUUCUUCUUUCUUUCUUUCUUUCUUUCUUUCUUUCUUUCUUUCUUGUCCUUUUUCCUCUUCCCUUUCCUUUCCUUUCCUUUUUUUGUUUUUGUUUUUGUUGUUUGUUUUGGAGAUAACAUUUCACCAUGUAACUGGUUUCCUGGAACUAACUCCUUUGGGUCUCAAACUCAGAGAUGAGUUUACCUUCUCCUGUCUCCCCAGUGGUUGGUCAAAGAUAUUCACUAUCAUUACCAGCUCCUAGGUAGUUUUCUUUUUCUUUUGUAAUUCAUUAACCAGGUGAUCUUGGACUAGCUAGUUAACUUAACUCAGAACUUUAUAUUUACUCUGUUAAAGGACAGUGUUAGAGAAAGCAAGAGUUCACUGUACAGUUUAAAAAACUUUUUUUUUUUUUGAGACAGGAUCUCCCUUUGUAUCCCUGACUAGCCUUGAAUUUGUGAUUUUUCUUGCUGUAGCCCAAGUGCUGGGAUUUCAGGCAUGUAUUAUCAUGUCAGAUUCCAAUGUUUGAGUUUGUAAUUGCUUUUCAUUUUGUGCAGUCAGUACUAGUACUUGUGGCCUUAAAAAUAGUUCACAUUCUGCAACAGAUGGAGAUAACUACAGAAAACCACAUCCAGUUGAUGCACAGAGUUGGAGAACCCAGUUCAGAAAGAUAGGUGUAUACUUAAGGCUCAGGGAACAUUGUGGAAUGGGUGGUGGAUACAUUGUAAGAGGAUCAGGCUGUUUGCUGUAAAACUGUAUCUUCUAGUAAUGUUAGAAGGUACACCCAUAAAGUCUCACCAGCAUGACUGCCUAAACAUGAACUGAGCCCUACACAAAGAACUAUACACAGCCGAGGAAAGAUGGGACUGGGAGAGGUGCUCUGCCCUAGGGAAAAGCACUAUGGUUGUCCAGUGCCAAAUGGCCCGCUCAGUAAACAUACGUAGAAGUAAAAUAAGAACUGAGUAGGUCAUAUUUAAGAAUAGAUGUAUGGGGGCUGGGGAUUUAGCUCAGUGGUAGAGCGCUUACCUAGGAAGCGCAAGGCCCUGGGUUCGGUCCCCAGCUCUGAAAAAAAGAAACAAACAAACAAAAAAAGAAUAGAUGUAUGUAUAUGCAUUGAAUAACAAUUAAUGAAAGAAGAGGCCAAAAAUUUGAAGAAAAGUGUGUGUGUGUGUGUGUGUGUGUGUGUGUGUGUGUGUGUGUGUAUGGGAGAGAGGCAAGGGAAAGAAAUGUUGAAAAAUAAAGUAAAAAAUUUUUUUAAAGAAGUAGAAAAAAAAUGUUCAUGGCAUCCAGGGAGGAUGGGGCACACACCUUGAAUCCCAGCAAUUAGAUGGCAAAGGCAGGCAGAUUUCUGAGUUUGAAACCAUCUUGCUCUAUCUAGUUCUAGGUGACAUCUUUCUGUUAAAUCGACGUCUUUUGAAUAUGCAUGGACACAUAAAGAAUUAUUUAUUUUAUGUAUGUGAAUAUACUGUAGCUAUCUUUAGCUAGGGCAGCAGACCUCAUUACAGAUGGUUAUGAGCCACCAUGUGGUUGCUGGGAAUUGAACCUGGGUCCUCUGGAAGAGCAAUCAGUGCUCUUAAUCACUAAGCCAUCUCUCUAGUCCCACAUGGACACAUUUAAUUGUAUAUUUUCUAGUAACCUUUUUCUUUUUUCUUUUUUGGUGUCACUUCAUGGAUAUUAAGCACUGUCACUGAGCUACAGUUUCAGCUACUAAUAACUAGGAUUUCACUGGUAUAAUCAGAUGGCUUGCUCUGGGAAAAUAUAAAAAUACGUAUUUAUUCAGAGCCUGCUCCACCUGGGGAUCCAGCCCAUAUACAUACAGCCACCAAACUCAAAUAAUAUUGCUGAUGCCAAGAAGUACAUGGUGACAGGGGUGUGAUAUAGCUGUCUCCUGAGAGGCUCAGCCAUAGUGUGACAAAUAUAGAGGUGGAUGCUUGCAGCCAACCACUGAACUGAGAAUGGGGCCCCCAUUGCAGGAGUCAGAAAAAAGAUUGAAGGAGCUGAAGGGACUUGCAUUUCUGUAACAACACCAACUAACAAGGUCCCUCAGACCUCCCAGAGACUAAACCACCAUCCAAAGAGUACACUUGCACAGACCCAUAGCUCCAGCUGUAUUUGUAGCAGAGGAUGGCCUUGUUGGGGACCAAAGUGAGGAGAAGCACUUGGUCCUGCCAAUGUUGGAAUGCCUCCCCCCUACCCCCCCAGUGUAGGGGAAUGUUAGGGUAUAGAGGCGGAAAGGGGUGGACAGUUGAGUGGGGGAAAGGAGAUAACAUUUGAAAUGUAAAUAAAAAUAUCCAAUAAAAAAGAAUUAUAAAAAAGUACGUAUUUAUGAAUUGGAUAAUUUUAAUGCAUUUUCUUAAGUGUAUAGUAUAUAAAAGGAAGGAAUUAAACUAUCUAAAGGAUUUUUUUUCUUUAGACAAGAUCUUUCCAUGUUUCCUAGGAUACCCUUGACCCAAGUAGAUUCCUGUGCCCAGAUUUAGGUUUUCUCAAAUAUUUUUAUGCUAGGCAUAUUGCUGCUGGUUAUAUAUGCCUUGGAAAUACUUUCCUAGAAUGGCAUAUGAUACCUUUUCUUUUUUCUGUGGUGCUGCAGAUCCUACCUAAGACCAUUUUGUUGUUGAGAUCAGAUCUCAUGUAGCAAAGGAGGAUGUAGCCUUGAACUCCUGAUCUACCUGGCUCCACCUUCCAAAUGCUGGGAUUACAGGUGUGGAUGGCCACGUCCAGCCGCUGUUGCUCUCCUGUUCUUUUUCUAGGUUGGGGUUGUAGGCAUGAGCCAUAUGCCUGGUUAAGUAAAUGUAUUGAUAAUAGUGGGAGCCAAGUUUCUAUCUGAGAAGGCUUUAUAAAUGUAAAAAGGAAAAGAAUGGGCGGAAUUGCUGUGUGGAAUAAAUAUGGCAGUAUUGGGAUAAGUCCAUGUCUCUUGUUAUUUACCUCUUGUUAUUUACCUAUGGCUUACAAAUAGGUAUGUCCAUGUCUGUGCUUAGUUUUCUGAGAGGACUUACUGGAGUGAGACUCGGAACAGCAAGUGCGCCAAGUACUAGUUCUUAGUUCUUUUACCAAAAGGAACCAAGGAUCCUUGCAGAAACAAUUAUUUCUAGAGCCAGAAAGUGAAAGUACAAAGUGAGUCCUGAAAAGUCUUCUCUAAAAAAAGUAUUCAAAAUGAUAGGAUAUGUGAAAAGAUACCGGAAUCAUUUUUAAUCACUUUUUACUUUUAGCCAAAUCUUACAAAAUUUAAGCAACAAGAGUACAGUGUUAUGAUUUGAAGUAUAGAGAACCCAUGAGUCUGUACUUGAGAGAAAUGAGUAAAUUAGUGGGGAAGGAGGACAUUUCCCCUUAAAGCAGAAUGUCAACUAAACCUGCAGAAAGAGUGAUGCAGAAAGCUGAAGUUGAUGGAAGUUUAAGUGAUAGCCACGUGUCUCCUCCAGCCAAGCGCACUUUGAAACAGCCGGAUUCUGUUUGCAAAGACAAAUCAAAGUCACGAAGUACUGGUCAGCGAGAGGAAUGGAACAUACCAUCUGGUCAGGCCAGGUUAACUUCUCAGCCUGGUGCUACAUUACCAAACGGACAUAGUAGCUUGUCACUUCGAAGCCACCCCCUUCGAGGGGAAAAGAAAGGAGAUGGCGACCUUUCAUGUAUAAAUGGUGACAUGGAAGUCAGAAAAAGCUGUCGGUCCAGGAAAAACAGAUUUGAAAGUGUGAAUCAGAGUUUAUUAUUUGAUCAACUAGUAAAUAGUACUGCUGAAGCUGUGUUACAAGAAAUGGAUAAUAUUAACAUUCGACGAAAUCGUCGAUCAGGCGAAGUAGAGCGGCUUCGAAUGUGGACAGAUACAGAAUUUGAAAAUAUGGAUAUGUAUUCAAGGGUUAAAAGACGAAGAAAAUCACUGAGAAGAAAUAGUUAUGGGAUACAGAAUCAUCAUGAAGUUUCUACUGAGGGCGAGGAAGAAGAAUCUCAAGAGGAGGAUGGAGACAUAGAAGUUGAAGAGGCAGAAGGAGAAGAAAAUGAUAGACCAUAUAAUUUGAGACAAAGAAAAACAGUGGAUCGAUAUCAAGCACCGCCAAUAGUACCGGCUCAUCAAAAAAAGAGGGAAAAUACACUAUUUGAUAUUCACAGGUCUCCAGCAAGAAGAAGCCAUAUCAGGAGGAAGAAGCACGCCAUUCACAGUAGUGACACAACUUCUUCUGAUGAAGAGCGCUUUGAGAGAAGGAAGUCAAAAAGCAUGGCAAGAGCAAGAAACAGGUGUUUGCCUAUGAACUUCAGAGCAGAAGAUUUAGCGAGCGGCAUUCUCCGAGAACGGGUGAAAGUGGGUGCAAGUUUGGCUGAUGUUGAUCCGAUGAACAUUGAUAAAUCAGUGCGGUUUGAUAGCAUAGGUGGAUUGAGCCAUCACAUACACGCUUUGAAGGAGAUGGUAGUUUUUCCACUUUUAUAUCCAGAAAUUUUUGAAAAAUUUAAAAUUCAGCCUCCAAGGGGCUGUUUGUUUUAUGGUCCUCCUGGCACAGGUAAAACCUUAGUUGCCAGAGCAUUAGCUAACGAAUGCAGUCAAGGAGACAAAAAGGUAGCAUUUUUCAUGCGAAAAGGAGCAGACUGUUUGAGCAAGUGGGUCGGAGAGUCGGAAAGGCAGCUCAGGCUUCUCUUUGAUCAGGCAUAUUUGAUGAGGCCCUCUAUAAUAUUUUUUGAUGAAAUAGAUGGCUUAGCUCCUGUUCGCUCUAGUAGACAAGAUCAGAUCCACAGCUCUAUAGUGUCAACCCUCCUUGCUCUUAUGGAUGGAUUAGAUAAUAGAGGUGAAAUUGUUGUUAUUGGUGCUACAAACAGACUUGACUCUAUUGAUCCUGCACUCAGGAGACCUGGUCGUUUUGACAGAGAAUUUCUUUUCAACCUGCCUGAUCAAAGGGCCAGAAAGCACAUCUUGCAGAUCCACACCAGGGAUUGGAAUCCAAAACUGUCGGAUGCAUUUUUAGGAGAGUUGGCAGAAAAAUGUGUUGGCUACUGUGGAGCUGACAUCAAGGCCCUGUGUACUGAAGCUGCCCUGAUUGCCCUUCGCAGGCGCUACCCUCAGAUCUAUGCUAGCAGUCAUAAACUGCAGCUGGACGUUUCCUCAAUAGUGCUCAGUGCCCAAGACUUCUACCGUGCAAUGCAGAACAUUGUGCCUGCUUCCCAACGUGCUGUGAUGUCCUCAGGACAGGCGCUGUCCCCCAUUAUAAGGCCAUUGCUAGAAAGAAGUUUCAACAACAUCUUAGCAGUCCUGCAAAAAAUAUUUCCUCAUGCAGAAAUAAGCCAGAGUGACAAGAAAGAAGAUGUAGAAAAUCUGAUUUUAGAUGAUAGUGAAGAUGAGAAUGCUUUAUCAAUUUUUGAGAUGAGUUGUCACUCGGCAUCACCAAAGAAGUCAUCGCCAGCUGCUGUCACUAAACCUUAUCUCCACUUUACAAUGUCACCAUAUCAUCAGCCAACCUCUUAUAGGCCUCGGUUGUUGCUAUCUGGGGAACGAGGUUCAGGACAGACUUCGCACCUUGCUCCAGCACUUUUGCAUACACUAGAAAGAUUCUCUGUGCAUCGGCUCGACCUCCCAGCACUUUACUCAGUCAGUGCCAAAACACCUGAAGAAUCAUGUGCACAGAUAUUUCGAGAAGCUCGAAGAACAGUACCGAGUAUUGUUUACAUGCCUCACAUUGGUGACUGGUGGGACGCUGUCAGCGAGACCGUGAGAGCAACGUUUCUGACCUUGCUGCAGGAUAUACCAUCCUUUUCACCUAUAUUUUUAUUGUCUACCUCUGAAACCAUGUACAGUGAGCUGCCUGAAGAGGUUAAAUGUAUCUUUAGAAUACAGUAUGAAGAGGUAUUAUAUGUUCAAAGGCCUAUUGAAGAAGAUCGAAGAAAAUUUUUCCAAGAACUUAUUCUCCAUCAGGCAUCAAUGGCACCACCACGAAGGAAACAUACUGCUCUUCGUGCUAUGGAAGUGCUUCCUCUCGCACUACCAUGUCCUCCUCGUCAGUUAUCAGAGUCAGAAAAAAGUCGGAUGGAAGACCAGGAGGAAAACACAUUACGAGAACUGCGGUUGUUCCUCAGGGAUGUUACCAAGAGGCUGGCCACAGAUAAACGCUUUAACAUCUUCAGCAAACCGGUGGAUAUUGAAGAGGUUUCAGAUUAUCUUGAAGUAAUCAAAGAACCAAUGGAUUUAUCGACAGUAAUAACUAAAAUUGAUAAGCAUAAUUAUCUAACGGCUAAAGAUUUCCUGCAAGAUAUUGACCUCAUCUGUAGCAAUGCUUUAGAAUACAAUCCAGACAAGGACCCUGGAGAUAAAAUUAUCAGGCACAGAGCUUGUACCCUGAAGGACACUGCACACGCCAUCAUUGCAGCUGAACUGGAUCCAGAGUUUAAUAAGCUCUGUGAAGAAAUUAAGGAAGCAAGAAUAAAGAGAGGCUUAUCAGUGACAGCAGAACAAGUAACUCCUCAUGGCGCUGGUGCCCGCAAGUCGGAGACGAGAGUGGAAGAGGCAUUUCGGCACAAACAGAGAAACCCAAUGGAUGCUUGGCACAACUCUGCAAAUAAGUGUGCGUUUCGAGUUCGGAGAAAAUCAAGGCGACGAUCACAGUGGGGUAAAGGAAUUAUUAAGAAAAGGAAAGUGAAUAAUUUAAAGAAAGAUGAGGAAGACACCAAGUUUACAGACUAUGACCAUACAGAGGACAGGAAGUUGCUGGAGAAUGGAGAAUUUGAGGUAAGCACUGACUGCCAUGAGGAAAAUGGAGAAGAAACUGGAGACUUAUCUAUGACCAACGAUGAAUCUUCAUGUGACAUCAUGGAUUUGGACCAGAGUCAGAGGCUGAAUAGUGGAGCGGGCACCAAAGAGAACUUUGCAUCCACUGAAGAGGAGAGUUCAAAUGAAUCUCUGCUCGUCCAUAGCAGCAGUUCCCUCAACCCUGAGCAGACAUCUAAGAAGGAACCCUUCCUGAAAGGCACCUGCCUAAAUGGCGAGGCCUCCACUGACAGCUUUGAAGGCAUCCCCAUUCUGGAGUGUCAGAAUGGCAGAGUUCUUGAAGCAGCUCCUCUGCCUGGUGCUGGGGAAAAAUCUAGUUCUGAACAGAAGACUGCUCUGGAGGAACAGCUAAAAGACAAGCCCGAAACUGCGAAUGAACGUCAUGGAGAUGAUCCUGAGAAACUAGAAGUGCUGGGAUAUAGCAGUAAUGAGAUCGAUCCUGGCCCUGAUGGAGAUGGGAAGGAUGCAGAGCUGGAUAAAGAAGGUGCUUGUAAAGUAAAAAAAUAUCGCAAAUUAAUUUUAGAGCAGGCAAAAACAACAAACCUCGAACUGGUUCCAGAAGAGCCAUCGGAGCCUGUGCCACCUUUGGUAGUUGAUCACGAGAGACUGCAGAAAUUGCUUGAUUUGUUGGUAGAUAAAAGCAACAACCUGACAGUCGAUCAGCUUGAGAGAUUAUACUCCCUCCUCAGUCAGUGCGUCUACCGCCAUCGUAAAGACUAUGACAAAUCUCAGCUUGUGGAGUAUCCACAGAGGUCAGAAGAAGGCACUGAAUUCCUAGAACUGAGGUUCCAGAUGACUGUGAGCCGUCAUAUGCCUCUGAAAGAGCAAGUACUUUUAGCUGCUGAGCUGCCUAUCUACCACCUCAGCUUGUCAUACCCCACACCCUCCAUUGUGUGUAUGUGUGUGUUUGAGACAGGAUUUCUCUGUGUAGCCUUGGCUGUCCCGAACCAGGUUGGCUUUGAACUCAGAGAUCUGCCUGUCUCUUCCUCCCAAGUCCUGGGAUUAAAGCCAUGUGCCACCACUGUCGGACUCAGCUUGUUUUCUUAUAUACGCAAGGGCCAUGUACCCAUGGGUAACAUCUACUCCUAGGUCCCACAUCAAUCAUGCUUCAAGAAUAUGUCCCACAGACAUGCUCACAAGACGAUCUGAUGUAGGUCCGUUUCUCAAGUCAGCUUUCCUCCUCCCAGAUAUGUCUAGUUGUCAAGGUGACAAGUCAUCACCACAAUGGGGAAACAGAGUCAGAAUCAGGACAAGAGUGUCUGUCUCACUGCACUUAUGCAAAAGGUUAUUAGAAAUUUUGGCCAAUACAAUUAGCAAGAACUAAAAGACAGUAAGAAAGAAGAAAAAUUAUCCCUAUAUGUUAAUGAUAUAAUUCUUAGUCACUGUUUUAUUGCUGUGAAGAGACAUUAAGAGCACAGCAACUCUUAUAAAGGAAAGCAUUUAAUUGGGGCUAGUUUACGGUUUCAGAAGCUUGAUCCAUUAUCAUGGCAGGCAGCACGGUGGCAUGUAUUGCCGGCAUGGUGCUGGAGAGGUAGUUAAGUGUUGCAUCCUGAUCUGCUGACAGAGAGAACUGGACCUAGCAUGGGCUUUUGAAACCUCAGAGCCAGCCCCUGAUGGCACACUCCCUGCCACAAAGAUGCCUCCUAAUUUUUCUAAUCUUUGAAGAGUUUUACUCUGGUGACUAAACAUUCAAAUAUGAGCCUAUGGGAGCUGUUAUUCAAACUACCAGGGGUUCUAUACAUAGAAAAAUCUAAUGUCUAUGUCAGAAGAUUGUUAGAAGUGUACAGAAAGAUGUAAAUAUACAAAAGAACACUCAGAAUCAUUAGUCCUCAGGCAAGUGUAAAUCAAAACAAAGGAGGUACCAUUUCACACUGUUACAUUGUGUCCAUGGUGCAUCUGAAGGGAGGGGAGAGCAAACACCAGUGGGCUUUUGAAACAGCAAAAUCUUCUUUUCCCAACACAUCAGCAGUCCCUGAUCCAUCAGGGCCACCAGACAAGGACUCAGGGCUCUUCUGGCAGGUUCAAGAAGGGUCUGAAGCAGGGCUUAUAAGUAUAAAACCCACAAGCCUCUGGGCCAAGUUACAGUUACAGUUUUUAUUAAUGUCAGCCGACAUCGAGUGGUGUUUUUGCCCAACCAGUCAGAUUUAUUUGUUCUUUCUGUUGUUAGGAACAGGUACUAAAUUUGGGGUUAACUAUUGUUGUUUAGAGAGGGGAUUAGCAACAGGUAUGUUUUGGGGAACUAGAGAGGGAGUUAGUCAGCUUAGGUAAAUUGGAGUCUGAAGUCAAAAUGGUAGAACUUAGACCAGUCGCUAACAUUAAGCUAAAUGGAAAGAAACUUGAAGCAAUCCCUCUAAAAUCAGGGAUUAGACAAGGCUGCCCACUCUCUCCCUACUUAUUCAAUAUAGUUCUUGAAGUUCUACCCAGAGCAAUCAGACAACAAAAGGAGAUCAAGGGGAUACAGAUUGGAAAAGAAGAAGUCAAAAUAUCACUAUUUGCAGAUGAUAUGAUAGUAUAUUUAAGUGAUCCCAAAAGUUCCACCAGAGAACUACUAAAGCUGAUAAACAACUUCAGCAAAGUGGCUGGGUAUAAAAUUAACUCAAAUAAAUCAGUAGCCUUCCUCUACACAAAAGAGAAACAACCGAGAAAGAAAUUAGGGAAACGACACCCUUCAUAAUAGUCCCAAAUAAUAUAAAGUACUUCGAUGUGACUUUAACCAAGCAAGUGAAAGAUCUGUACAAUAAGAACUUCAAGCCUCUGAAGAAAGAAAUUGAAGAUCUCAGAAGAUGGAAAGAUCUCCCAUGCUCAUGGAUUGGCAGGAUUAAUAUAGUAAAAAUGGCCAUUUUAUCAAAAGCGAUCUACAGAUUCAAUGCAAUCCCCAUCAAAAUACCAAUCCAGUUCUUCAAAGAGUUAGACAAAACAAUUUGCAAAUUCAUCUGGAAUAACAAAAAACCCAGGAUAGCUAAAACUAUCCUCAACAAUAAAAGGACUUCAGGGGGAAUCACUAUCCCUGAACUCAAACAGUAUUACAGAGCAAUAGUGAUAAAAACUGUGUGGUAUUGGUACAGAGACAGACAGGUAGACCAGUGGAAUAGAAUUGAAGACCGAGAAAUGAACCCACACACCUAUGGGCACUUGAUUUUUGACAAAGGAGCCAAAACCAUCCAAUGGAAAAAAGAUAGCAUUUUCAGCAACUGAUGCUGGUUCAACUGGAGGUCAACAUGUAGAAGAAUGCAGAUCGAUCCAUGCUUAUCACCCUGUACAAAGCUUAAGUCCAAGUGGAUCAAGGACCUCCACAUCAAACCAGAUACACUCAAACUAAUAGAAGAAAAAGUGGGGAAGCAUCUCAAACACAUGGGCACUGGAAAAAAUUUCCUGAACAAAACACCAAUGGCUUAUACUCUAAGAUCAAGAAUCGACAAAUGGGACCUCAUAAAGCUGCAAAGCUUCUGUAAGGCAAAGGAUACUGUGGUUAGGACAAAACAGCAACCAACAGAUUGGGAAAAGAUCUUUACCAAUCCUACAACAGAUAGAGGGCUUAUAUCCAAAAUAUACAAAGAACUCAAGAAGUUAGACCGCAGGGAGACAAAUAACACUAUUAAAAAAUGGGGUUCAGAGCUAAACAAAGAAUUCACAGCUGAGGAAUGCCGAAUGGCUGAGAAACACCUAAAGAAAUGUUCAACAUCUUUAGUCAUAAGGGAAAUGCAAAUCAAAACAACCCUGAGAUUUCACCUCACACAGGUGAGAAUGGCUAAGAUCAGAAACUCAGGUGACAGCAAAUGCUGGCGAGCAUGUGGAGAAAGAGGAACACUCCCCCAUUGUUGGUGGGAUUGCAGACGGGUACAACCAUUCUGGAAAUCAGUCUGGAGGUUCCUCAGAAAAUUGGACAUUGAACUACCUGAGGACCCAGCUAUAUCUCUCUUGGGCAUAUACCCAAAAGAUGCCCCAACAUAUAAAAAAGACACGUGCUCCACUAUGUUCAUCGCAGCCUUAUUUAUAAUAACCAGAAGCUGGAAAGAACCCAAAUGCCCUUCAACAGAGGAAUGGAUACAGAAAAUGUGGUACAUCUACACAAUGGAAUAUUACUCAGCUAUCAAAAAUAAUGACUUUAUGAAAUUCAUAGGCAAAUGGAGGGAACUAGAAAAUAUCAUCCUGAGUGAGGUUACCCAAUCACAGAAAAACACACAUGGUAUGCACUCAUUGAUAAGUGGCUAUUAGCCCAAAUGCUCGAAUUACCCUAGAUGCACAGAACACAUGAAACUCAAGACAGAUGAUCAAAAUGCGAAUGCUUCACUCCUUCUUUAAAAGGGGAACAAGAAUACCCUUGGCAGGGAGUAGGGAGGCAAAGAUUAAAACAGAGGCAGAAGGAACACCCAUUCAGAGCCUGCCCCACAUGUGGCCCAUACAUAUACAGACACCCAAUUAGACAAGAUGGAUGAAGCAAAGAAGUGCAGGCCGACAGGAGCCGGAUGUAGAUCUGUCCUGAGAGACACAACCAGAAUACAGCAAAUACAGAGGCGAAUGCCAGCAGCAAACCACUGAACUGAGAAUGGGACCCCCGUUGAAGGAAUCAGAGAAAGGACUGAAAGAGCUUGAAGGGGCUCGAGACCCCAUAUGAACAACAAUGCCAACCAACCAGAGCUUCCAGGGACUAAGCCACUACCCAAAGACUAUAUAUACAUGGACUGACCCUGGGCUCCAACCUCUUAGGUAGCAAUGAAUAGUCUAGUAAGAGCACCAGUGGAAGGGGAAGCCCUUGGUCCUGCUAAGACUGAGCCCCCAGUGAACGUGAUUGUUGGGGGGAGGGCGGUAAUGGGGGGAGAAUGGUGAGGGGAAGACCCAUAUAGAAGGGGAGUGGGAGGGGUUGGGGGAUGUUGGCCUGGAAACCGGGAAAGGGAAUAACAAUCGAAAUGUAAA